CCCACCGGAGGAAUGGCGCUGCCGAGAAACCCUAACAUGUUUGAUCUGGGCCUGGGUACGUGGAACCUCAGCUCUCAGGAGGAGAGCCAGAGGGCUCGGGCACCCUCCAAAAGUGUCGGCAAGCAGCUGCCCGAGUACAAGGCGGUUGUGGUGGGUGCCAGCGGUGUGGGCAAGAGCGCGCUCACCAUCCAGUUGAACCACCAGUGCUUUGUGGAAGACCACGACCCCACAAUCCAGGAUUCCUACUGGAAGGAGGUGGCCCUGGGCCACGGGGGCUGCAUUCUGAACGUGCUGGACACAGCGGGGCAGGCCACUCACAGGGCCCUGCGUGAUCAGUGCGUGGCCAUUGGGGAUGGCGUGCUGGGGGUCUUCGCCCUGGAUGACCCCUCGUCUCUAGCCCAGCUGCAGCAGAUGCGAGCCACCUGGGGCCCUCAUCGCACCCAGCCCCUCGUCCUUGUGGGCAACAAGUGUGACCUUGUGAGCAGCCCUGGAGAUGCUCGUGCUGCUGCAGCAGCCCUUGCGAAGAGCUGGGGGGCCCCCUUCGUGGAGACCUCAGCCAAGACACGGCAAGGCGUAGAGGAGGCCUUUACCCUGCUCAUCCAGGAGAUCCAAAAGGUCCGGGAGGCCAUGGCAAAGGAGGCCAUGGCAGGGGCCAGUGGGGAUAAGGCCCGGCACCAGAAGGCCAUGUGCCGCUGCGGCUGUUCUGUGGCCUGAAGAUCUCUGUCAGGAAGAGUGGCCCGCACCCAUCUUCCCCCACCCCCAGCACCUAGCUGUGUGGGACACUGUUGGU